CUCUCUCUCUGCUUUGAAGCAGGAAGUGUGGUGCCCGAAGGAUGAUUUAAACAAAACAUGUGUAUGUAUACAGACUCGAGGACGGAACGCCAUGGCGACACCUUGCAGGUCCCCGCAGCCAGCGCCCCGAGGUUCAGCCCUGGCCGGACUCGGGCAGCGGCCUCGGGCUGACAGGCGAGCCCUGGACAGGGUGUGCAAGCAGCUGCAGAAGCUGGUCAAGCUCUGCCAGAACCCGCGGCUCCGGCUCAGGAACAGCCCCCCCUACAUCUUGGAGAUCGUGCCGGAGGCGUGCACCCACCUGCAGCUGGUCCUCGCCAGCCAUCCAGCCCAAGCCGGCUUGCCGUGGCAGAACGGCUACCUCGCCGUCUGUCUGCAGAACCUGUCCAGCAAGUCCAAGCAAGCCACCAGGCUGUUCCAGCAAUCCAAGGAGAGGAUGUUUGAAGAGGGCUCCCUAGCCAGACGCAGUUUGAUCAAACUAUCCCUGAUCUUCAGUCACAUGCUAGCCGAACUCCGAGCAAUAUUCCCAAAUGGCUUCUACCAGGGAGACACCUACCGGAUCACCAAAAUGGACGCUGCCGAGUUCUGGAAGAAAUCCUUUGGCGAUGAGUGCAUCGUUCCCUGGAAGCAAUUCCGUGAGCAGCUGUACAAGGUUCACCGGUUCGGGAGUGGGAUGGAGUCCAUGGCCCUCAAAUCGACCAUUGACCUGACCUGUAACGACCACAUCUCCAUCUUCGAGUUUGACAUCUUCACCCGGCUUUUCCAGCCUUGGCCUUCACUGCUGAAGAACUGGAACUGCCUCGCUGUCACCCACCCAGGUUACAUGGCCUUCCUGACCUAUGACGAGGUGAAGGCGAGACUCCAGCACUACACCCAGAAACCUGCCAGCUACAUCUUUCGGCUCAGCUGCACACGGAUGGGACAAUGGGCUAUUGGCUAUGUGACAGACGAUGGGGGCAUCUUACAGACCAUCCCUCAGAACAAACCUCUCUUCCAGGCCCUCAUCGAGGGCCAACGUGAAGGCUUUUACCUGUACCCUGACGGCCGUGACUUUAAUCCGGAUCUAACCGGAUUGUGUGAGCCUUUCAGACAGGAUCAUAUCCAGGUCUCUCAGGAGCAGUACGAGUUAUACUGUGACAUUGGCUCCACCUUCCAGCUCUGUAAGAUUUGCACCGAGCACGAUAAGGACGUGAAGAUCGAGCCCUGCGGGCACCUGAUGUGUAACACCUGUCUCACCGCCUGGCAGGAGUCAGAUGGCCAUAGCUGUCCGUUCUGCCGCUGUGAGAUCAAAGGCAUGGAGUCCAUCGUGGUGGAUCCAUUCCAGCCCCGGCACAGCCAAUCGCAAAUCAGCAAGGACGCCCUGCCUACCAACCAAGUCCUGGAGGAGGAUGAGGAGGAAGAUAACUUCGAGGACGUGGCGCUUCUGAUGAACAAGCUGGCUGCCCUCAACAAGCAGGUUGAACAAACUGCAUUGCCGAUGCCUCCAGCCAGCCUGAAUCUCACCCCACCAGCGGUUCCACCACGGACAGACCUGCUUCAGGCUCGAAGCAACGCUUCUCCCGGCGCCAGGAGUCUGGGCACGGCAACCAAGCCCAGGGCACCGGCAAAUCCUCCCCUGCCUGAGCGGCCGGUCAGCGCCGCACUCCUGGACUGGAUGAAGAGCCGGCCUCUCCCCGGCCUGCCCGCCUCGCAGCCUGGGGCCUCGGGCACUGCCCACCGGCCAGUCCCGCCCAUCCCAGAGCGGCCAGCCAAUCAGAGGCAGCGCGACAGGGAGCUGAACGCCAUGGACCUCAUCGUGGGCGGGACGGCGCCGGAGAGACAGCUCGCCACUGCGGGAACGACCAAUGGGAUUGCAGUGGAAUCAAAGUACCUGGAGCCACUGCCGUUCGUGACCCGGACAAGUGACCAACCAAGCACCUCAGGGGCAACUACGCAGAACUAUCCCGGAACACGCUUCAUCUUUGAGGAGUGGUCAAGCAGCGAUGACGAGGAAGACGAUGACGAUGACGAUGAUGAUGACGAUGACGAUGACUACGCAGUGACCUCGCCCACCACUCGAUCCUGGCCCCCCUUCAAGCCUAUUGGUGUCACAUAUCCACCCGCCGGUGGCUGGGCGCCAUGGGUCUUACAGAGCGGGCAGCCUGGACAGGAGUCAGCAGCAUCACAGGGGCCCAGACCCCCAGCAGACCAACGCCCCAGCCCCUCGGCCAGCGAUCCAGUGGCCGCGGUGACCUUGCUCCAUGAGGGGUACCAGCCGCAGGACAUCCACAGGGCCCUCGGCAUCGCCAGGAAUGACGUGGAGAUCGCGCGGACCAUCCUGCGGGAGUUCAUCUCCAACUCGGGCCUCCCGAACCAGGGCUGAGGGGGUGCAGGAGUCGGGAGGGGGCUUGCCAGGCAUCAGCCCCUCCCAAUCGGGCUCGGCUCGCUCCCCUUGGGUUUGCGUCCCAUUCCGAAGUCGCCGACCGGAUCCCUCCCGUCGGGAACGCUGCCACAAAGGUGCCCCGCCUCCCCACCCACCUCCGCUCCGUCGGCUGCUGGAUCCCUCCCACCGUUUCCUCGUCACUCGACUAUCCACCCCCCCGCCUCCGACACACUCCCGGCUGCUCCCCACCCCC